CUGUCAAAUCAAAACUGUCAUUGGUCAAUUGUCAAUUGUGUCUGUACGUCAUUCGAUUGUACGUCACGUUGAUUGCCAUGCUUUGCUUUUUAGUUAAUUUUUAUUAAAAAUGGCCAUAGAAAAAGGAAUUGCUCACCGAGCAGGGGCUUUUAAACAAUCAAAUAAAGAACAUAAACAUGGCAGACAUCGUUCUAAAGGGUCAAUUAGCGUAACAACUAAAGGAAAAGUAUCUGUAAAAAAUAUUUCUAAACGUAAUAAACGUGAACUUAAUAGAGAACAAAGGCGUAAUCAAUCGGUGCAAAUUAGACAAAAUAAAAGAGAUGAAGUUCUGGCUAAAAAGAGAUCUUUAGGGGGUAUGGAAUUUGCUCCUUUUUUAAUAUGUGUAGUGCCCCUCAAUAAGGAUAUAGACCCCAAUACUGCACUAACAUUAUUAUGUCAAUGUGAUGAAGAGGCAAUAGUUUCAAGAACAACAACUGGAGUUACUAACAUAAGUAUGCCAAGAUUCAAACAAAGGUUUCAGUUUGUAGUUCAAGAUAAAGAUCACGAUUUUGCAGUGUUAGAUACUUUAAAAGUUGCAGAUACAGUUUUAUUUUUAUUAUCUGCUGCAACUGGAAUAGAAGAUCGUGAAGCUGUUGUAGAUGAUUGGGGAAAUUCUAUUUUGUCUACAUCUUUUGCACAAGGUUUGCCUACUCCAUUGGUUGUAGUUACUGAUUUAGAAAGUAUUGUACCAAAGAAAAGAAAUGAAAUCAAGCAAGAUAUCCAAAAAAUAGUAAAUAAAUGGCUUCCUAAUGAGAAAAUUCUAGUUUUGGAUAAAAAUGUAGAUGGUGUAAAUGUUCUAAGAAAAAUUGGCAAUCAGAAACAGAAAUCUGUGCUGUAUAGAGAUCAUAGACCACAUUUAUUUGGAGAAGAAAUAGAAUAUGUUCCUGACUCUGAGGGUACUUUGGGAACUUUAAAAAUUACUGGAUAUUUAAGGGGAACAGCCUUAUCUGUGAAUCAGUUGGUUCACAUUCCUGGUUUAGGUGACUUUCAAUUGAGUCAGAUUGAUGCACCCAAUGACCCACAUAAGUUUGAUAAGAGUAAGGACAAAAAUCUAGAUUCGGAAAAUCAAGCUGUAAUAAGAGUCUUGGAAAGAUGCGAUCCUACUAAACAGGAGUCACUUGACUCAGAAAACAUUCCCAAUCCCAUGGAUGCUGAACAAACUUGGCCCACAGAAGAAGAGAUGGAGACGGCAGAAAAAGAACAAAAGUUAAAAAAAGUAAAGAAAGUCCCUAAGGGUUGGUCAGAUUACCAGGCUGCUUGGAUCCCAGAUGAAGAUGCUGAAUUUGUACUAGAUGAAUCAGAAGAAGAAAAUGAUGAAGAUGAAUUUAUGGAUGCUAUGUCUGAAGAACAAUCUGAUGAAGAAGACAAUUAUAAAGAUUCUGAUACAGUCGCAGAAUCAGAAGUGGCAGUAAAUGAUGAUAAAUAUGAUAAAGAUUUGGAUAUUCAUGCUGAAAAGCAAGCACUUGAAAAAUUGAAAGCUGCUAAGAGUGAUAGGGAUUUUCCUGAUGAAAUUGAUACUCCUUUGGAUACUCCUGCUAGUGUAAGAUUUCAGAAGUAUCGGGGAUUGGAAAGUUUUAGAACUUCUCCUUGGGACCCUAAAGAAAACCUCCCCAGUGACUAUGCACGAAUUUUUGAAUUCCAAAACUUUUAUAGAACCAAAAAGAGAGUUUUAAAGGAACAAGAAGACAAAGAUGGUGCUUUGCCUGGAUGGUUUCUAACAGUACAUGUAAAAGGUGUUUCACAACUUUUGUGGACGAAUUUCCAAGAAACAAAGGCACCUAUUACUUUAAUUGGCAUGUUCCCUUAUGAACACAAGAUGUCUGUUAUGAAUGUUGUACUUAGAAGGACACACAAUUAUAACUUGCCAAUUAAGUCCAAGGAACGAUUAGUUUUUCAAUGUGGAUACAGAAGAUUCAUUGUUAAUCCAAUUUUUAGUAGUCAUACUAAUGGUAGAAAACAUAAGUUUGAAAGGUAUUUCCAACCAGAAUCUACUUCAGUAGCAACUUUCUAUGCCCCAAUUCAGUUUCCACCUGCUCCUGUUCUUUGUUAUAAAGAAGUUAAUAAUAAACUGGUUCUUAUUGGUACAGGAAGUCUACUUUCUUGUAAUCCAGAUAGAUUGGUCGUUAAGAGGAUAGUUUUAUCAGGUUACCCAUUCAAAAUCCACAAAAAAUCGGCAGUCAUCAGAUUUAUGUUCUUCAAUAGAAAUGACAUAGUGUAUUUUAAACCAGUUAAACUAAGGACUAGAAUGGGCAGAACUGGGCACAUUAAGGAACCACUGGGUACUCACGGUCAUAUGAAAUGUAUAUUUGAUGGGCAUCUCAAUUCUCAAGACACAGUCAUGUUGAAUCUUUAUAAGAGGGUAUUUCCCAAAUGGACUUAUGAAGAUCUUAUUGUUAGUUGUGUUAAGGAUAGCAUGGAAAAUUAAAGUUAUAUUUUUCAAUUUAUUUUACAGAAAUUAUUAUGUACCUAAGUUGAGAAAAUAUAUCGAUUUAAAAAAGUGUUGGUUUG